ACACGGGGGUGCAAAAACCCGGGGCCCAAAAAGAGCUGCCCCAUGUUUGUAUCAUCAAUCUAAAAGCAAAAUACAAUUCCACCCUGUUACUGCAUUUCAUCACACCCUUAAAGAAGAACCACAAUGCUUCCAUUGAUUCAACGCGCACGAACCACAAUGCUCUCUUCCUCUUUCUCUUUGAAUCUGCGAACAAACUAUUUCUAUGGCAAUAACUUGUGCAGAACCCUAAGUACUUCUGCUAUUCCAAACGAAUAUGGUAGAUUCCUUCCCCAGUCUCAACAACCACACUCGGAUCACACACCCUUUCAUCCUCCUCCUCCUCAAUAUUUCAAUAAUCACAAUAACUUUCCUCAAAAUACCAAUAAUGCCCCUGCUCGUUUUCCUCAACAGAGGUGGAACCCUCAAAAUCCACCACAACCUCCUCAAAACCCCAACUUCCGGCCACCACCUCCUCAAAAUCCCAACUUCCGGCAACCCCCUUCUCAAAAUCCCAACUUUCAACAACCCAAUAGUCCCAAUCGAUGGAACAAUCCGAAUAAGUGGAACCCCCAAACCUCACCAAGUGGUAACCCCGACCAAUUUCAAAACCCCAACCACCAAUUUCAACACCCCAACAACCAAUUUCAAAACCCUAACAACCAGUUUCAAAACCCUAAUCAGUUGAACGGCCGAGCCUCUGUUCAAGAACAAGCCCAGCCUCCUUCCAUUGUUGAUUUGACACGUUUUUGUCGUGAGGGGAAGGUUAAAGAGGCACUUGAAUUGAUGGAAAAAGGUGUUAAAGCUGAUGCUAGUUGCUUUGAUCUUCUGUUUGAUUUGUGUGGCAAAUCCAAAUCAGUUGAGGAUGCUAAGAAAGUCCAUGAUUACUUUUUACAAUCUACUUUUAGGAGUGAUUUCAAGUUGCAUAACAAGGUGAUUGAGAUGUAUGGGAAUUGUAAAAGUAUGACUGAUGCCCGUAGAGUGUUUGAUCAUAUGCCUAACAGAAACAUGGAUUCUUGGCACAUGAUGAUUCGUGGAUACGCGAAUAGUACAAUGGGAGAUGAGGCGUUGCAGUUAUUUGAGCAUAUGAAUGAGCUGGGUUUGGAGAUAACUUCGGAGACUUUGCUUGCAGUGUUAUCGGCUUGUGGCAGUGCAGAGGCUGUGGAGGAUGCUUACCUACAUUUUGAAUCCAUGAAAAACAAGUAUGGAAUUGAACCAGGGGUUGAGCACUACAUGGGGCUUUUGGAAGUUCUUGGACAAUCUGGAUACCUCAAAGAGGCUGAGGAGUUUAUUGAGAAGUUGCCAUUUGGGCCAACAGUGACAGUAUUGGAGACCCUCAAGAGUUAUGCUCGAAUUCAUGGAGAUAUUGAUCUUGAAGACCAUGUUGAGGAGUUGAUUGUUAGACUUGACCCAUCAAAGGCUGUUGCAAAUAAGAUCCCUACGCCGCCCCCGAAAAAGUAUUCUGCGAUUAGCAUGCUCGAAGGCAGGAACAGAAUGAUCGAGUAUAAGAAUCCCACUCUUUACAAGGAUGAUGAGAAGUUGAAGGCUUUGAGUGGAAUGAAAGAAGCAGGAUAUGUUCCUGAUACAAGAUACGUUCUUCAUGACAUUGAUCAGGAAGCAAAGGAGCAGGCAUUGCUCUACCACAGUGAACGUCUAGCAAUUGCCUAUGGUCUUAUUAGUACUCCACCUAGAACACCUCUUAGGAUUAUCAAGAACCUACGUGUUUGUGGUGACUGUCACAAUGCCAUUAAGAUCAUGUCUAGGAUUGUAGGUAGGGAAUUGAUUGUCAGAGAUAACAAAAGGUUCCAUCAUUUCAAGGAUGGGAAAUGCUCUUGUGGGGAUUAUUGGUGAUUGAAUCAUUACUCCAAAUCCUACAAUAGCAAGAAUACUGCUAGGGACAGAAGAUGAAUUAUGUAGUAUGCACUGAUUUAAAAUGUAUUUGCUUCAUGCUCAGAUAUCAGCACUAUUCUCUCCCUUUUUCUACUCACUGGUAUAUCUUCGUAACUUCAAAUAUAGCUCCGUUUUGAUCCAUGCAAACAUGUAACAAGUUUAUUUUUGAAAAUAUGUUUAGGAACAUCGCUUGAAACUUCAUA